AUCGGCCGGAAGCACACAGCCGCGCGCGCAGAACCUGGUUAGCUAAUAGCUACUACUGUAUUUUCUCGGUGGAAAGGGUGAAGCGGCUAGCUUGUUUCUCGCGCGCGAAGCAGCUGCUCGGGCUCGGAGAAGAUGGCCGGCGAUGGAGGCGGUGACGGUGGAGAGCGCAACACGGACGCACUGGAGGGCGUGCGCUCCAUCCUGUUUAAGCCGUCCGAUUCCCUCGACGACUCGCUGUGCACGAAGAUCGCCGGUGCCGACUUCAACGACGCCGGCCUCGGCCUUGCCGGGCUGCUCGGCUCGCUCGCCACCACUGGGUUCCAGGCGUCCCAUCUCGGCGACGCCAUCGACGUCGUCAACCAGAUGUUGGAUUGGAGGUUGUCUCACGAGAAGCCAAGUGAGGACUGUGAUGAAGCUGAGCUGGACCCCAAACACACAGAAUCUGUCAAGUGCAAGAUAUUUCUUGGUUUCACUUCAAACCUCGUGUCUUCUGGCAUACGGGAUGUCAUCCGGUUUCUAGUUCAGCAUCACAUGGUGGAUGUUAUAGUUACGACUGCCGGGGGCAUAGAGGAAGAUCUCAUAAAAUGCCUUGCACCAACAUACCGAGGUGAUUUUUCUCUACCUGGAAUAAUGCUGCGCUCAAAAGGACUGAACCGGAUAGGAAAUCUGUUGAUGCCCAACGAUAAUUAUUGCAAGUUUGAAAAAUGGAUCAUGCCAAUCCUUGAUCAGAUGCAACAAGAACAAUCUAUGAAGAAUGUUUGGACACCAUCAAAGGUGAUUGCUCGCCUCGGCAAAGAAAUAAAUGACGAAAGCUCCUACCUAUACUGGGCACACAAGAACAAUAUUCCUGUAUACUGCCCAGCAUUGACCGACGGAUCAAUCGGAGAUAUGUUGUUUUGCCAUGCAGUUCGCAAUCCUGGUCUCAUUAUUGACAUUGUGCAAGAUGUAAAGCUGAUGAAUGGCGAAGCAAUUAAUGCAACCCCAAGGAAGACAGGGGCUAUAAUUCUUGGCGGGGGCCUUCCAAAGCAUCAUAUAUGCAAUGCAAAUAUGCUCCGCAAUGGUGCAGAUUAUGCAGUCUACAUCAACACAGCUCAAGAGUUUGAUGGCAGUGACUCGGGAGCACAUCCGGAUGAAGCUGUUUCAUGGGGAAAGAUCAAUGGUUCAGCCAAACCUGUAAAGGUCCACUGUGAUGCGACAAUCGCUUUCCCCUUACUCGUUGCCGCAACAUUUGCACGUAGGUUUCAUGGAGCAAAUUGAAUCAUUUGAAUUCCUGACGGCGAAAUAAGGACCUUGAUUGAAUUGUUAUUUAUGCAUCUAUGCUUUCAAAGCGCUCAUCUGGUUCUUAGUGAUUUCAACUUUCAUUGUACCCAGAGGUUCCAUUUGUAUGCUCAAGUGAGACUAUGUAUGGACUAUGGAGUGUCAUGU